AUGACAGGACACCCCAGAAGUAGCGGCAUCGAUGUUGGCUUCGACGGCAUUCCUGGCACAGUGCAUCUCGUGGACCUCGAGCACAGUCUCACAGCUCAACACGCGAGAAACCAGGCCGAUGUUCUGCUCGUCCCAGCACCCUCUCAAAAUCCUGACGACCCCCUUAACUGGAGUCCGCAACGUAAGAAUCUUGCCGUGGCAUGCGCUCUACUUUACACCUGGUUCAAUGGCAUCGCACUCUCAGUCGUAUACUCCGUCCUUGUCCCCCUUUCUGAGGCACUGGAUCUCACAGUAGCAGACCUGAAUGCGGGCACAGGUUACAUGUUUUUACUACUGGGAUGGGGCCUGUUGUUCUGGCAACCUUUUGCGUUGCAGUACGGCAAGCGGCUGACGUACCUAUUGUCGCUGUUGGCAUUGAUGGCAGUCACUCUAUGGAGUCCAUACGCGCACGGCCGUGGCCAAUGGAUCGCGAAGAGUAUCCUAACUGGGUUCUUUGCUGCACCAAUUGAAGCUCUUCCCGAGACAAGCAUAGCCGAUCUCUUCUUCACUCACGAACGUGCGACAUACAUGGGCUGGUAUGCCUUCACUCUUGCAGGCAGCAACUUCUUCGCACCGAUCAUCUGUGGUUUCAUCAAUGAUAGAAUGGGGUACAAGUGGGUUUUCUACUUCCCAGCAAUCUUCAUCGCCGCAACAUGGACCUUCCUUUUUCUAUUCAUGGAGGAGACCAACUAUGACAGGAGUAUUGAUGGUAUCCUGGCACAUUCUCAAACGAACGUGGCACCCACCAGUAGCGAGAAGGCCGAAUCGCCCGCACUGGGGACCCCCGAAACUCGUGAACUGAUUGUGCAGCCAAAGUCAUUCUGGCGGAAACUCUCUAUUGUCGACAAGCCACGCUCGUUCACGAUGCAUCAAAGAGCCUGGCAGUCCCUCAAGCUUCUCUCCUGGCCAGUUGUCUUUUACUCGGGCUUCAGCUAUGGCACAUAUCUUGUCUUCUUUAACAUCCUCAAUGCUACCAGCUCGAUCAUCCUGGGGGGUUCUCCUUAUAACUUUACCCCGGCAAUGGUUGGCCUGAGUUAUAUCUCAUGUUUGGUCGGUGUCAUAUUAGCAUCUGCCUUGACCGGAGUGUUAUCAGAUCGCUUUAUCAUUCGAAUGGCCCGCAGAAAUAAUGGAAUUUCUGAGCCAGAACAUCGGCUCUGGCUCUUUACGGUGUCAACUAUAGUGCUCCCAGCAUCUUUGCUUCUUUGGGGUAUCGGUGCUGCCCAUCAAGUUCACUGGUUUGGCCUUAUCUUUGCGAUGGGCCUGACGGCAUUCUCCAAUACCUUUGGUAUAACGCUGUCGGUCUCUUAUCUGAUCGACACCUACCGGGACAUAUCUGCCGAUGCAUUGACAACAUGCAUCUUGAUUCGAAACACCAUGAGCUUCGCAAUUGGCUAUGGUAUCACCCCAUGGCUUGAGAACCUCGGAUACCAAAACUGUUUCAUCAGCGCAGCGUUUGUGGCUUUGAUGAUAUGCAGCGUGUACAUUGUCAUGAUCAUAUGGGGCAAGAUAUUUAGAGAUAUGAAGAAGAUGCAGUACUGGUCGAAGGUAAAGGGGUAG